CGAGGACAGACACCUCACAGACCCAGACGAGGACAGACGCCUCAAAGACCCGGAGGAGGACAGACACCUGAGGAUAGACACCUCACAGACCCGGAGGAGGACAGACACCUGAGGAUAGACACCUCACAGACCCGGAGGAGGACAGACACCUGAGGAUAGACACCUCACAGACCCGGAGGAGGACAGACACCUGAGGACUGUCUCCACACAGCCAUAGGAAGACAGACCCAGAUAGGUCAGACACCUGAGGCCAGUCUCAGAGGACAGACACCUCACAGAGCCAGACACAGACAGUUGUUGUGAGCAGCAGCUGAAACAUGGAGGACGAGGAGCUCUUCGACCAGAUCCUGUCCGUGGUCAACGCGCUGGUGUCAUGGGUCGCCGCCGGGGCCAUGGUGUUCGGCGGCCUGGUGCCCUACGUCCCGCAGUACAGAGACAUCCGCCGGACACAGAACGCAGAGGGCUUCUCCACCUACGUGUGCCUGGUGCUCCUGGUGGCCAACAUCCUGAGAAUACUCUUCAGAUUCGGCCGCUAUUUCGAGACGCUGCUGCUGUGGCAGAGCAUCAUCAUGAUCGCCACCAUGCUCAUCAUGCUCAAUCUGUGCACCAACGUCCGCAUGGCCACUGAACUCAACACCAAGAGACGCUCCUUCUUAGCAACAGACAUUAAGGACGAGGAGGUCAGAAUCCCUAAGAGGCUCUUUCUGGACUUUGACUGGAGCUACUUCUGGUCGUGGAGCCGCUUCGUGGACUAUGUGCAGUGCGUGCUGGCCUUCACGCUCAUGGCGGCCUACAUCACCUACGUCCUCCUGGACUCGACGCUGUUCGUGGAAUCUCUGGGCUUCCUGGCCGUGUUCGCCGAAGCAAUGCUGGGCACUCCGCAGCUCUACUGCAAUUAUCAGAACAAGUCAACUGAGGGCAUGAGUAUCAAGAUGGUGCUGAUGUGGACCAGUGGCGACACCUUUAAAACGGGCUACUUCCUGAUCACCCAGGCUCCUGUGCAGUUCUGGACAUGCGGCCUGCUGCAGGUCAUGGUCGACAUCACAAUUCUGUUCCAGGUUUACUACUACAGCCGCUACCCACAGAAACCUGUCUCCCACACCGUCUCCCACACCACCAGUGCCAAAGCCCUCUGAGAGCCCCCCCACAGCGAGGCCUCCGAGGCCACUGCCAAACAGCAGUGAGAAGGCCUUGCUGAGGAGCUGUGGACAUGUAUAAACAGGCAUGAGUACCAAAGCACCUUGAGAUGAUGGGGGCUGCUCACUGUCACCUCUGAGUAUACAUUAAGACACAAACACACCCAUAAAUAAGUCAUGAAGAUACACCGACACCUGGUGGUGCUGGUGUCUGCAGUGAUACCCGAAGGACAUGUUACACCUAAAGUUGACCUUUUUGUUUUAUUCAUUAUCUGGCCGACUUCUUCUCAAUGGGACCGUAUGCUUGUGUCUUGGAAUGCACACAUCUGAAAGAAUAUAUCCUUGAAUCAAUCUGUGCAUGUGGAAAAUAUUAUGCACAUGAAUAUACAGUAUAAACAAACUGCAGAUGUAUUCCCUGAAAUAUCAGGCUCAAGGAAAAGACGGACCAGCUUGUUUUUUGCCCCCAUACACUGAUGAUUGUUGCAUGGACCCUCUGCCUUAAAACACACACAAAAAUUCAAACAUGGCUUGCUGCAUUACCAGCAAUAUAAAUGAAGGAAUCUUAGACUGUACAUGAAGAUGGACGACAUGACUGCUCCCAAUAUAUGAAGCCAAAGCGUUUCCAUGUAUCUCUGGUGUCUGAUGGUGGAAUUGUUCAUACAUCCUGCGUCCUCCAUGUUUGUGGAUAAGACAACUUCCAGGAAGUUUUUUAUUUUUAUUUAUUUUUUUAUUAAAGUUAUUUGAUGGUAUUGAAACGUGUUCAAACAUCAUGAUUACCUGCUGUGACUGACUCACGAUUGGUCAAGCGCAUGUAUAAGUGAGACCUUCUUACCACGGCUCCAUCGCUGCUGCUCAGACUCUGGCCCAAAAUGUGCAAGAUGGCUCCAAGUACCCGGGAUAUUUGGCCUUCAAUUCAGUUUACUAGCAGGAAGAGGAGAGGCGCUGUCCAUGUUUUAUACAGUCUUUGGUUUGAGGAAAUCAAAAACAAAUCACAAUAUCCAAUAUUGCUGAAUGUGCAAAAAGUACUCUGUAAUUUAUUUAGUGGCUUUCCUCAGCACGGGGGAGAAAUGCUGCUCAGACUACCACGUUUGAAAUGCAUACCUAUGCGGGACGAAAGAAGAGGCAAUCAAUUUUUACCAAAAGAAGAAAACACCCAAGGGUUUGGAGAUGCAAUGCACUGGCUUCUAAGACUAGUACUCAUGCACAUCAGUGGCCUUCAGACUGACAGAGAGAUGUAAACAAUGUCGGCUCAGUCUUCUGCCUGAAGCAAAGGUGUCCAGAUGAAGGAAACGGGAUGAAACCCCAUCGACCAGUUUUUGACCUGCAUGAGUUUUUCAGGAGCUGAUGCCAACGUUUUUUGUACCGAAGUUGUUUUUUGUUUAUCAUUCUGAUCAUUGUCACGCCGUGAAUCUUUCAAAAAUACAAAACAAAGGAAUCCGCUCAGUACCUGGAUCCCAGAGUUUUUAAAAGCACAUUCAGAGUGAACACUAAAGUAAACUUUAAACAAAGCUCUGCAGCACACACCGUCUUUUGAAGCAUUGAAAUGCAAAUGUAGUAUGGGACGAGGACAAGUCGUCACAAGUUAAAUAAUGUGUUCAUCUGAAGCCAAACUUAAUUUUUAGGAAUCCAUGCCAUACAGGUAGAUGAAGAAUAAAACGAGAAUGGGAGACACUGGAGCGACAAACAAGGAUAACUGGAGCUCCUGCUGAGUUCUGAGAUGACAGCUGUCACACAAACAACGCAGAGACACCCGCUGUCGGCUGCUGGCUUGUUCCAACUGAAGUCGGACUCUGUACUGUCAAUUUCUUAAGGUCUCUUCUUAAGGUCUCUCUCAAAUAACCCAGUAGCUUCUCAGUGAGUCUGAACUCUUUCUCUUACUCUCCCUGGAUCCAUGCAGUAGUCCCGCUAUUUAGUUUAUAGCCCGUUUUGCUGUUGCACCAUAGACUGUAUGGAAAUAUGGAUGAUGUGACAGCUCCCCAAAAGUGAAGCCGAAGUAUCUUAUUAGGCCUCUGGUGACUGGCUGCGUUCUCUAUGUUAGUAGAUUGGACCUGGACCAAACUUAAAAGUCAAAAUACACAUCAAUUAUGUAGGUAGUUCUUAGCACUGUGUUUCCAACUGAUCAGUUGUGUUUUAAUCUUGAUGCUAUAAAAACAGGGUGAAACGUCAUGAUUGACAGGUUAGACCAACUCGCCAUUGGCCGAGUGCUCAUGAGGGUGGUACCUCCAAAUGGCAUUAUCGUGGAUAUUUUGUCCUCAAUUAUGGACAGUGGUAGGACAUGAGGCAUGUCAAAGCCCUAUGAGACAAAAUGUGAUUUGAGAUUAAAUUAGAUUGAUUGAUCCAUCUUUAUAUAUAGCCUUUCUGAUGCAGAUUUGUAGUGGCUGGUUAACAUGUGAAAUCCGAUGCAGACCAACAGUGAAACUCCUUUUUUAUCAACUAUGAGUUGAAUUGUAUUCAUGAUUAAGUUUGGAAGUAACUGCUAGUGUGGUUCUUUCUGCCAAGUGGGAGUGGCAGAUAUCGCAGCUUGUGCCGAAUUACAACUAGGAGACUGAAGGAAAACUUUUUACCCCAUUUACUCUGAUUUAAAGUCUGAACAAUAUGUGGAAGAUAUUUUUGCCAUUUUGUCAAUUUAGAACUCCAGUCUAGGAGAGGUUCACUUGACAGACUAUUACUUGACUAUGCCCUUAUCUUUUACAUCGUCAUAUUGCCAAUGGAUAACACAGACUGUCCAUUUUAUUAUCAUUUAUGUUGCAAAUUCAAUAACAUUCCCUGAUGUCCAUCCUUAUGACUGAGCUUCUGUGCUUCUUUGGCAGGGUGUUCUCAUCAAUAUUUUGUCAUGAGAUAUUAAUAUCCUGUUCAGAAGCCGCUGCAGUGAAGAUUUUUGAUGCUGUUGUUGUUGCUUUGUAAUGUUUCUCUGGGUUGUGGAAGAAAUGCCAAACCAGGAGAUGUGCCUCCGUCGGUCCUUCAGUGAACUGAGGACCAGAGCAGAUCCGAUUCUGCCCUCGUCUUCAAAGCCUCAAGAAAAGAAAACUUCCUGUUUGGUUCCACUGGGACAACACAGAAGUUUUCUAUAAAUAGUUUUAAAAAAGGACAUGAUGGAGGCCUCCUUGGUAUCUUAGCAGUGGAGGUGCAGGGUUUGCGUUUACCCUAUUGUGCCAGCCCUUUUAUUUUGUCAUCACUUUUUUUAUAAUAUUAAAAUGUCAUUAUAAGGGAUAGUACUCCUGUUCUUUAUUCAGAAUGCAGUGAGGGUGACUGUUGUAUGGAAAAUGUGAGGUACCUGGUAUGUUAUUGUUGUGAUCGAAAUUUCACAGUUUCAUUCUAUGUACAUGAGUUUACUUUUAUUUGUUACCUGCUUUGUAUAAUUUGUAUAUUGUGUUUUUCCCAUAGGAACCACCAAGGUUUGCAUAUUGUCCAAUACCUGUGAACCCAACAUUUAGCUGUUCUCAAAUAUAUUUCAUAUAUGCAGUUUUUACUCCAUUACAUCUGUUUGUAUGUAUUCCAGUUUCCUAUUAAAAUGCCAGCAGCAGCCCACCCCAGUACGUAGAACAACAUCUACCAACACUUCAGGCUGUUGAAAUACUAUGUACUGUCUGGAAUCUAACCUGGCAUUGUCAGCCUAUUAAAGAGGACGAGGAGAGACGCAUGCGUCGUGUUUUGAAAA